ACCUGAGCCACUUCACUUAAUGGAAAAGGUAGAUCCCUCCUACAAGGCAGGGGUUUAAAUCCUGGUUUUGCUACUCUGUAACAUUAAACAGCUGUAUGAGUCCUAGGAUUAAGCAUAUUCACUGAAAGCAGUUAGUAUGGUGCAAGACACAUAGUAAGUGCUCAGAAAAAUGUUGGCUACAGUCCUUGUUACUGGUACCUACUUAGUGCCAGGCUUCAGGCUCAAAGCAGGAAGGGGACUCUCCCUUACUCUCAACAAAUGUUUGUGGAUGGUAGUAGUGAGGGGACAGGAGACAAAUGAGCAAAUAAAAGCUAUUUCUGUGCAGUGUGGUCACUGUGGCCAUAGGAGGGGACAGAUGUGGGGCCCCAAAGCCAGGCCACAGACUACAAUUGCUCAGUACAUGCACUACAAAAAAGCCAGCUGGCAAAGGGAGCAAGGAAGACUGGAAGACAGUUCAUGACCUGCUGCCAAAUGGGGGUACCUAUACCUGCCAAAAAGUGGUAGCUUUUUCUGAUUUGCACAAAGGCUAGUGCUGGCUCUGUAGAGAGAAGCCAAACUGAGGCAGGGAAUAGAAGUCAGAGAAGAUUCCCAGUGGAGUGAUAACAUGCCCUUGGUCUUCAAUGAGGACUUCAGGAGGGUGAAGGCUUUGUAAAUGCCAGCUAUGGAUAUUCUAACCAGAACCAGGAGAGCAGGAUCCUACCCAGAAGACAGGGCAGGUGGCUGCAUGGCUCUUCUCUCCCCAACAGAGUGAAAGCACUUCCACGUGGACACCCGACCAUGUACCUGCGCUGAGGGGCAACUCCCACCAGGUCUCUCUGUCCUGGGCGGCAGGACCCGGUGCUUGUCUGUGGACCCCCCGCAGUUGGCAGGCUCCCCCGGCAGCGGGGUCCGGGCCUCGGCCCCACCAUGUCGAGCCUCAGCAGUGGCCCCCAGGACACCGGCGGCAGCAGCAGCAGCAGCAGCAAUGGCAGCAGUGGCAGUGGCCCAAAGGCAGGAGUGGCAGACAAGAGUGCGGCAGUGGCCGCUGCUACGCCAACCUCGGUGGCGGAUGACGCCCCACCUCCCGAGCGGCGGAACAAGAGCGGCAUCAUCAGUGAACCCCUCAACAAGAGCCUGCGCCGCUCCCGCCCCCUCUCCCACUACUCUUCAUUUGGGGGCAGCGGCGGCAGUGGCGGUGGCAGCAUGAUGGGCGGGGAGUCAGCUGAAAAGGCGGCCGCAGCCGCCGCCUCCCUGUUGGCCAACGGGCACGACCUGGCGGCGGCCAUGGCUGUGGACAAGAGCAACUCUACCUCAAAGCACAAAAGCAGCGCUGUGGCCAGCCUGCUGAGCAAGGCAGAGCGCGCCACAGAGCUGGCGGCCGAGGGACAGCUGACGCUGCAGCAGUUUGCGCAGUCCACGGAGAUGCUGAAGCGCGUGGUGCAGGAGCACCUACCGCUGAUGAGCGAAGCGGGCGCCGGCCUGCCCGACAUGGAGGCUGUGGCGGGUGCCGAAGCCCUCAACGGCCAGUCCGACUUCCCCUACCUGGGCGCCUUUCCCAUCAACCCGGGCCUCUUCAUCAUGACCCCCGCGGGCGUGUUCCUGGCUGAGAGCGCGCUGCACAUGGCCGGCCUGGCUGAGUACCCCAUGCAGGGAGAGCUGGCCUCCGCCAUCAGCUCGGGCAAGAAGAAGCGGAAACGCUGCGGCAUGUGUGCGCCCUGCCGGCGGCGCAUCAACUGCGAGCAGUGCAGCAGUUGUAGGAACCGAAAGACUGGCCAUCAGAUUUGCAAAUUCAGAAAAUGUGAGGAACUCAAAAAGAAGCCUUCCGCUGCUCUGGAGAAGGUGAUGCUUCCGACGGGAGCCGCCUUCCGGUGGUUUCAGUGACGGCGGCGGGAACCCAAAGCUGCCCUCUCCGUGCAAUGUCACUGCUCGUGUGGUCUCCGGCAAGGGAUUCGGGCGAAGACAAACGGAUGCACCCGUCUUUAGAACCAAAAAUAUUCUCUCACAGAUUUCAUUCCUGUUUUUAUAUAUAUAUUUUUUGUUGUCGUUUUAACAUCUCCACGUCCCUAGUAUAAAAAAGAAAAAGAAAAGAAAAAAAAAUUAACUGCUUUUUUUGGAAGAACAACAACAACAACAACAAAAAAGAGGUAAAGACGAAUCUAUAAAGUACCGAGACUUCCUGGGCAAAGAAUGGACAAUCAGUUUCCUUCCUGUGUCGAUGUCGAUGUUGUCUGUGCAGGAGAUGCAGUUUUUGUGUAGAGAAUGUAAAUUUUCUGUAACCUUUUGAAAUCUAGUUACUAAUAAGCACUACUGUAAUUUAGCACAGUUUAACUCCACCCUCAUUUAAACUUCCUUUGAUUCUUUCCGACCAUGAAAUAGUGCAUAGUUUGCCUGGAGAAUCCACUCAUGUUUAUAAAGAGAAUGUUGAUGGCGCCGUGUCGAAGCCCCUCUGUAUCCAUUCAUGCGUGUGGAGCUGCCGCUAGGUGCUCACAGCGCGGGAGGGGGCAGCCCACCUACCCCCGGGGCACCCAGGGGCCCCAGAAUGGGAGCCCCCCCCAACCCUAACAGUGAUGAUUUUGCAAAAAUGAAAAUUCUGUUCAUUUAUCCAUUGAGAUCUGGGGAGCCCAUGUCUCUAUUUCUGAUCCUGGCUACUUACCUUAGAGAAAAUAAGUCCUUUUUUCUGGCCUCACUGAUGGCAACAGAAGAAAGGACUUCUCUGCGUGGCCCCCUGCCGGUGGGGGUGGGUGCCCAGGGCCCCCCUGUGGCCUGGGCCCCCUUGCCCAUGGCCAGCUUCCUGCUGAUGAACAUGCUGUUUGUAUUGUUUUAGGAAACCAGGCUGUUUUGUGAAUAAAACGAAUGCAUGUUUGUGUCACGAAA